UGAUUUGAUCCUAUGAAAAACAAUGCUCAUUCUGCAUGCUCCCCCACCGUUAUUCUCGGCAACUCUCUCCUUCUCCUCGCUCUCUCCUCCGGCAACCGACCCCCCCCCCCCCGGCCUCACNAUUACGACACAGAUAACCUCUUGCCUUAAAAAAACCACAUCGUACAAGUGCUAAAAACCAACCACGAUCACAUUUCUUGUUCUAGGGUACAACACAUUUUGCUUAAGGUUCCAAGAAUCAGCGUUUUGGUCUUAUUUUGGUAAUGUUCAGUGAAUAAAGAUUCAAACUUUCUUCAAAUUGGGUGAAGAUUCUUGGCGGGUCACGUUUAAUUUGGCUGUAAAUUUCAAGUUUGCAUUGGAAUUCUCCACGGAAUGGUGUGAUGGAAAAGGGUAUUGUUGGUAAUGUUCAGUGAAUAAAGAUUCAAACUUCCUUCAAAUUGAGAAAAUAUAUUUGAUGGGUUAGUUCAGUUUGGCUGUAAUUUUCAAGAAUGUAUUGAAACCCUCCAUCAAAUAAUGUGACAGAAGAAGGGUAUGAAUUGAUACUUGGGAGUUGUUUGGGAAAAAUGGGAAAAAUGCUUAAAUGGAGAAACUCGGAUUCAUAUAGCGUACCCCAACUUAUUUGGGACUGAGGCGCAGUUGUUGUUUGCUUAUUGUGGAGUUUUUAUAGUAAAGGAAAUUAAUAUGAAAGAAGGCAAUGGGCAAGAAGAGUUGCCAUCAUCACCCUACAGGGUAUUACAGCAAAUCUCUGAGGAAGCAGUAAGAGUCGCUGGCGAGGCGUUACAAAACGUUUACUCAAGUAGUAGUUCGAGAUUUUCACCAAGUACUGGGGUUGUUGGACAUAGAAGAAGUCGUAGUGAGAUAGUGACUUCUUCUAUUCAUAGAAGUGGGAGCAGUAAUUUUACAAAAUGGAAGUCUCAAAUGCAAAGGGCUUUGCGUAAUUGGGGUACUACUUCACAAGAAGACUGCUCAUUCUUAUCGUUUAAUCCUGAGGUUUUGGCUAAUCAAAAGCGACAGUGGUAUCAGCUUCACUCCAAAACCUCGGAUUAUAAGAAAUAUAAGGAGCCCGACACGCUUUUUGAGCACUUUGUUAUCGUCGGUCUUCAUCCCGAUGCUAAUCUUGAGGAUGUUGAGGAUGCAUUUGCCAGGAGGAAAAAAUGGGAAGUACAGUUAGAAACAUCUGACAUGGUGGAUUUCAGAAUGCUUUCAAAUUGUGGUCCUUCAGUUCCAUCCCUAGAACCUCAGGUACUCUUUAAGUAUCCUCCUGGAAAGAAGUUAGCUAUGCGCAUGAAGGAUUUGGCAGCAUUCUGCUUUCCUGGAGGUGUUAAGGCACAUGUAAUGGAAAGGACACCAUCAUUUAGUGAACUAAAUGAGCUGGUUUAUGGGCAGGAGCACUUAGGCAGAGAUGACUUGUCGUUCAUAUUUUCCCUUAAGGUACACACUGUAAAGCUCUAUUGA